UUAAAGGCGCUAGCUACUAGGUGAGCAAUGGCGUUAGAUGACAGCUUAGCUCCAAAUCAGUCCAAUCUUCUAGCCAGUUGUGUACGUGUUGUGUGUUAGAGAGUGCUACAGCGCGUAUGAACAGAAAAACAAUAAUAAUAAUAAUAAUUGGCAGUUUUAGUAUUAUAAAAACAGAAAAAGUGCAAUCGCGGCGGCUCAAUUUAAUCAUUUAAUAUAUUUAUUAGCUAUCUCUUCAACGCUUUGAAUUCAAUAUCAACAAUUAUUUAAUACGUUUUAAAAGUACCAGUAUUGUGUCUACAUAUAUGAAUGAAUUCGCGGCUUUGACAGUGGAUUGAGACGACAGCGAGCAAAAAAAAAAAAACAUAAGCAAAUAAGAAAAAAAAGCCAAUACGGUUGCCCGAGUAGACAAACACGCUCAUAAUUUUUCACUUAAUCAAAAUAAAAAGCAAAAGCAAACGCAACGAAAUUUAAUCGAAAACAGACUAUAAGAAAUUAAUUUUCAACGUUGCAAAAGUUAAGCUCACGAACAGUUUGGCAAGUUCGUCGUCUUCGGGGAGUAGCUCGUUGUCGUUGUUGGAGCGACUACAGCACAGCUGAGCGGAGAUCAAAAUUAAGAUUGUGAUUAGUAUUUGUGAGACCGAGAUCAACGCGCAAAAGUCUACGCGCAGGUAAAGUCAAAUUGAAAAUAAGCGAUAGGAAUGGCAUGGAAGCAAUAGUGUCUGUAGCUGGCUGGCGAAAUGGCAAUAUUUUAAUGAAUAAUGAUAAUAGAUCAGUGAAAAGUAAAAUAGCAGUGAAGGUUGCGGAGAAAUGUAAAGAACUAAAAGCGAGAAAAUAAUUUAUGAAAAAAUAACUACAGUUAAAUAUGUAAGACAAGCAUCUCGCCUGCUUGAAUAGAAACCUCAAGUGCACCACAAAAAUCUUGCUGCUACGACAACAAUAAAAAGUAGGAGCGCGUGUGUGCGUGUGUGUAAAAAAAACAUUAAGAAAUGUGUAACAAAGACAAAGUUAACAUAACAAGUAAGGUCGUGCCAUAAGCAAAAAAAAAAAAAAAUCAGCCGCAACUCAAACCAACAAUAAAAGAAUUCAUAAAGCGAAACAAAAUACAUAUUUUUGUGUGUGUGUGUGAAUACUCAUAAGUAUGUAUGUGGCCAGUAGCGCGUAACCGCACACGACGUUAACAGCUGUUUCAAUAAAAAAAUAAUAAUAGGCUGUAUUACAAAUUUUUAAUAAAAAUUACCUUAGAUUGGUUUUCUUCAGAUGUCUAAGCGGAAACAAAAUUUAAAAAUUAUUUUCAAUUAACUUGUAUGAAAUUGCUUUAAAUAUACCAAGUUAUAAAUUGUUAUAGUCCACUGUAAUGCCUUCGCCAAAUUUGAAACAACAACAGCCGCCGCCACCUCCACCACCACCGCCGCUUCCGCCACUAUUAACGCAACAACAACAACAACCGCAAAUCACUUACUCCAAUCAUCAUCAACUACAACUGCAACAACAAAAAAGCUAUUAUUAUACGAAAAAUAAGAAAUUAACAACAAAAUUAAAAUCAUCUUCACUGGAUAAUGAGAUAUUUUUAUCAAAUCGUAAAAUUAAUAAUCAAAGUACGACCGAUUGGUUGCUGCCACCACAUGGUAGCGCAACAAUACCACGUGCCGCAUCCACUAAUUCACUAGCGAGCAGUGUAACCGCUAACAAUUAUCAGGAGUAUAAGGCGGAAUUGAUAAAUCAGGGAAAAUGUCUUUGUGGGCAAUACAUACGUGCACGCUUAAGACGCGCAGGCGUACUGAAUCGCAAAGCUACACAACGUUUGCGCACCAUGUUGGAACCUUCAUCCGCGGUGGUUUAUGAAGUUUUCCCAGCAUUGAAUAGCAUGGGCGAGGAAUUGGAACGCAUGCAUCCUCGCGUCUACACAAAUAUCUCACGUCAGCUGUCGCGUGCACCUUACGGUGAAUUGGUCGACGGUGAUACGGCGCCUAUGUUGCUCAAUUUGGUAGCCAAAGAUCUGUUUCGUUCGAAUAUCACAUGGGGUAAAAUUAUUUCAAUAUUCGCCGUCUGCGGCGGUUUCGCCAUCGAUUGUGUGCGUCAGGGACAUUAUGAAUAUUUGCAAUUUCUGGUUGAUGGCAUAGCGGAGAUAAUUGAAGAUGAUUUAGUACCCUGGCUCGUGGAUCAUGGCGGUUGGUUAGGUCUGCAACAGCAUAUACGUCCGCAUGUAGGACACUUUUCUUUCCUGGGGCUGUUGACAUUAUUCGUGGCACUGUCGUCGGGUGUUUACGUUGUAACGAAUGUGGCCAAACAUAUUGGUUGUCAUUUGUAUUCGUUACUAUUUUGACAACAACGCACAUAGGGAAUACAUAGAAGGAGUGGGCAUAAGAGAAUGCAUUUAGUUGUAAAAAAAAAUUAAUAUAUAUAUAUAAAUGAAUGCAAAAGCAUUUAGAAUGUGAAAAGGCUUAGAGCCUGCUGAUAUUGUUGCAAUAAUAUUAUGUAAUUCUUUCCUUUUUUUAACUAUUAUUUCAAUCUUUUGUAGAAAACUUAGUAAAAUGGCUUGGAAUUAUUCACUAUGGUUUAUGUUAUUACCAUUUUUAGUUUGAAAACAAUAAAUAGACUAAUAAUUUAUAUAUAUAUAUUUAUCUAUACACAUAUAUUUAUUCGUAUACAUUUCAUUCCUACAUAACUACUAAGUAAAUAAAAAAGAUUAUUUUUAAUAAUUAUACAACCUGUAGCGAAAUUUAUACAUUAAUUUACUUAAAUGUCAUGACAUUGUCAUAUACAUAGUUGUCAUUGAUACUCAAGCGUCAGCGACAGUUUGUAGAUAUUGUCUACUAAAAGCCUUUAAUAAAAAUCGUAACUCCAUGACAUUAUCACGGUCGUUAUUGUCAGUAAUUUUUCGCUACUGUGUGACAACUGAAACCUAUAUAUAUAUAUACCUUUCUACCUACAUAUUAUAUAACAACUUUGUGAGCAAACAUCUUUUUUCGUUAACUCAUUGUUAUGACUUAUUUUAAUUAUUUAGACAUGCAUACAUAUGUACACAUAUAACCACAAAAAAGUAAAAU